CUCGGAUCCAUCGCCCCGUGUUAUCCCGCAAGCCCCUUCAUUUUUCUUCUCCCUAGCAAACACGCCUCCCGUCUGUCUCUCGCAGGAUGCCCGACCUGCGCCGUCAAGUCCUGGAGAGCGGCAAGACCGUCUCUCGCAAAGCCGCCUCGCGCGAAGGCUCGCGCCGCACGUCGCGCACCAACUCCGCCCAGAAUUCGCGUCCUUCCUCCCGGAAUGCAAGCCGAUAUCCCUCGGACGACGAGGACACUGGCAGCAUGAGCGAUGACACUGCCCUCAGCAUUGGCUCGCUGGAUGACCUCACCGAUAACCCGGAGCUGGAGAACAACCAUGACUGGCCCCAGGAGCUCGGGGAUGUCAUCCAGGAUAUUCUGGAUCGCAAGCGCAGUAGCGUCUCUAGUCGAGAAGAUGCAUACGCUUCGUUUUGUCGUCUGGCAAAAUACCACCAUGUCGAGGAACAGAUCCGCGGUCGCGUCACCGACCUCGUGGGCGCAUUUGGCCGAAGCAUCAAGUUCGAGAACAGCGUGCGCGAGACCACCUUGGCCCUCCGUGCCAUCGAGCUCUUGACCAUGUCGGCGUUCGACAACACGAUCUACGAGAAUGUCGAGUCUUUGCUCACCCGCACGAUCCGCGAUUCCACCUCUGUCACGGCCAAGGCCGCUGCGAUCCACUGCCUCGGCGUGUGCACCCUCUACGGAGGGGCCGGCCAGGACGGGAUCUUGGACCAGAUGACCUUUUUCCUGGACAUUGCCGCAUCGGACGGGCAGUCCAUCGAUGCCAGCGACGACGUGGACAGUGUCACGGCGGCCCUGCAGGAAUGGGGUGUGCUGGCGACCGAAAUCGACGAUCUCGAAGGGGAGAGCGAGGAAGCUGUGCAAAUCUUCAUGGACCAGCUGGAGAGUGGCAACUCCGCCGUGCAGAUUGCCGCCGGCGAGAACAUUGCCCUUCUGUACGAAAAGAGCUACACCCCGCAGGAAGACGAUGAAGAAGAGGACGAGGAUGAAGAAGAAGAAGAGGAGGAGGAAUCCUUCCUCUCCAGCGGUGGCCGCGACGGUCCCAAGCUGGUCAAACGCUACAAUGCCUACCACAACACGCACGAGCUCGAGCAACAACUGCAGUCGCUGGCAACGGUACACACGAAGCGCAUUAGCAAGCGCGACAAAAAGAGCCUGCACAGCAACUUCGCUUCCAUCCUUACGACGGUGGAGAAUCCCCGCCGGGGUCCGAUGUACAACACGGCCAUCGACCAAGAAACGAACCGCCACUACGGCAGCAAGCUCACGGUGAAGGUCGGACGACAGGGAGUGAUGAACAUCGAUCGCUGGUGGAAGUGGAUCCGGUUGAACUCUCUGCGCCGAGUCCUGCAGGGCGGCUUCGGAGCGCACUACUUCCAAGGUAACCGAGCCGUGCUGGACAGCCUCCCCGUCAUGGUGCGCAUGGACGCGACAUCCGACCGAGGCGCUGCCAAACGCGCGGCCAAGUCUCGCAACAGUCGCCGGUGGGCAGUCCAGGAGCAGUCCGACGAGGAUUAUUAAGUGCGUGCCGCUUCGUGGAUGGAGGGACAGGACAGGAAGCAAGAAAUACGUGCAUGAAACUGGAUAUACACGCGUGCCUGCUGCUUCAUGAUUUGGUUUUGAUACACCCGUAAUUGCUGGCGUUCUGCUAGAUUUGUGUUUGGCUUCCCUUAC